CACUGACACACACACACACACUUUGUCUCUCUCACACACGGACACACACGGGCUGAGGGAGAGGAGGCGGCCGUUGCGCUGAAGAGGCUCUUGGGACUUCACAUCCUGCUCAGCGCACCGGGAACCAGAGAAGGGGGGACCAUUAGGAGCGUCAGGGCGCAGCAGACACAGCAGCUGCUGCGGGCUCGGACUGUUCAGAGAAGGACUGAACUGCGCCUUUAACUCCCAGGACUGUGAGUGAUUAAGCGGAGGACGGCAGCCUCCUGCCGGGGCGGAUUACUGCCCGCUGUGGUCUCACAUAAUCCGCACUUUGGGAUUUUCUUCAAUGUUCCCGGAGCAGAGCAGCAGGUAGUUCCUGCCCCGACCUCCCCGCGCACCUUAUUUCUCUAUUCAAAUCCCGGGGGAGGGGGGGGUCAGAGACCCGGUGUACCCGCCUAAUCCCGCACCUGCUGACCGCAGCAGCACCAUGAUCAGCUCCGAGGGCCUGAGGCCGGCCUCUAACGGCAGGAAGCCGCUGGGCAAGCUCGCCACCCGCCUGGAGGAGGUGAAGAACCCGUGGCGGCAGGGCUCCACGCUGGAGCUGAGCCACAACGAGGCGGCCCGGCUGGCCACGGACGCAUUGCUGGAGCACGGGGAGAAGGAGUACCGCAAGGUGCUGACCGAGGAGCGGGAGGUGAACUUCCUCUCCCCGCUGGAGAUCCACUACAUCACGCAGCAUGCGGCCAGCAAGACGUGCGGCGGCUCCGACAGCAACGGCGUAGGGCCCGGGGACCGGGACUUCGGGGACGGGGACGCCGUGUCCGAGCUAACUUCUGGAACUUACUUCCCCAUGAUGUCCGACGAGGAGCCGCCGAUGCUGGAGCUCGGCUGGCCGGACACACCGACGAGAUACGGACCGUCGGAGACUCAGAUCUACUUCCAGAGAGACAAAAGCCACAACAUCAAAGACCUCAUCAGGUCCCUGAUCAACAAGGCCAAGAAGGUGAUCGCCGUGGUGAUGGACGUGUUCACGGACGUGGACCUGCUCUGCGACCUCAUGGAGGCGUCCAACAAGCGCAGAGUCCCCGUCUACAUCCUGCUGGACGAGAAGAACCUCGGACACUUCACAGGCAUGUGCUCCGCGCUGGAUAUUCAGAACUCUCACCUCAGUGUAAGUACAGCACACAGCAGCACUGACUGCAGGGCCGCGAGGGGCAAACAUGAGCGACGCCCUCAGGCGCUCAUAUUAAACAGCAGAAAGCUUCUCUCCAGUUUCACCUGGUUGUCGGCUCAGGUGCACAGCAACAUGGUGAUGCAUUUCUCGGGGCGCAUCGCCGACAGCUUUGACCGAGAGUUUCGCUGUUUGUACGCCGACUCUCAGAUCAUCGACUGUUUCUACAACCCGGAGGAGGACGGGAUGCCGUACUACCCACCGUACCCUCCCAUGAUUGCCCCUGGCCUGGCUCUGGGGCUCAGCCCAGGCCACGGGCUGGAUCUACUGUCUGAAAGGCAGCGGGACAGGGGGUGCUCCGAAAACUCUAGCAGCCAAUCGAGUAACAGCAUCUCCAGUGUGAAGGCUGCACCUGGAAUGUCCUCAAACACGGUCUACAAGGUCACGCAAAGUCAUGAUAAGGAGGCUGCAGCUGGUUCCCACCUGAGCCCUGAAAGAAGAGGACUGAGCGACCGAUCGGGAGGACAGACCCCUACAGCAGGAGGGCGAAGCUCUGCUAACGGGGGAAUCAAUUUCGCCCCAAUUCCCGAUCGCCCCCCACCGGCCUACGGUCAAGCGAUGGGUAUCGAGUGGAACAAACCCAACACAGCAGAUGUCUUGCGGGGAAAUAUUGGUGGAACCUCUACCAAGUUUCAGGGUUUGGGGCUGUACGAUCACAAACAAGAUCUCUUCCCCUCCUCGAUACCCUCCCCAGUCAAUGACACCAAACCGCCGCCUAAGCAGAGGCUCCCCAGCGGGAUGUUCAACAAGCUUUCAGAUUACUUCCUGUCAUCCAACUCUAAAGACAGGGACGCCUACAACUUCCGGAGGACUCCGUCUCCUCACGGCUCACCCUGGGGAGGACCGGACCUUUCUCCAACUGAGCCGGAGAGUCAGCAGAGUCCACCGCCGCCGCUUUCUCCAGUCGGUAUAAUAAGCCGGAAGGACCAGAAACGAAUGACGCUGGGCCACAGCAAGCUGGACCUGGUGAACCAAUACAACAAGAUGAAGCCCAAGCAAGUGUACAGCCGCUUUGAGCUCAAGGGCACGAAUUAGACUGGAAGGCCAACCAUCAGAGAGGUUGUGACUCCGGAACAUUCCUCUGGUAUCUUAUAUUACAAAGAAAAGACUCUGAGAUCUUGGAAAUUGCUCAAGUUUGGUCUUCAGACCUCAGCCCUACAGGAAACUAAGACUCUUGAGGAGCCAUUUUGGCUCCGCGUGGUUUCCCGUUUAUCAAACGAGAGGUUUUUGGGUUUUUUUGAGGUCAUAGUUUACCAAACAAAUCACACUUUUAUUAAAUCUGCACAUCAUGAUUCAACUACAGUCACUACCUGAGUAAAUAUGUUCUCAUAGGUGAAAUAGGUUUCAAAGAUAAGCCACUGACUGUUUGCUGACACGUGAAAACCAUCGAAAUGUGAAUUUUUGCCUUCAACACUCCAGAGGCUUUCAUGUGGGCAUUUCUUUACAUUUUUAUACUCGGCGACAUUCCUGAGCAACAAUUUGAAUUCUUCCUUUGGGUAAACUUAGGAUUCUGCAGUUAUUGUGCUUUUUUUAAGAUUAUGAUAAUAUUUGUAAUAACAGGGCUGAAGAAUUGUUUCCUCCACAGAGAUUUUUCUCGCAUUUAGUGAACGUUUAUGCUACAGUCAGAAUGGAAACUAACGUUUAUCUGACUGGAUCCCAGCCUGGGGCUCAGCUCUCAAUAUGGUGACGGUUUAAAAAAAGAUCAUUGACACUAAUACUGCUGAAAUUCUGCAGAUUAAUACGAUCACGUUGUUGGGUUUCACGUUGUGACGCGACUUCCACAGUUCUUAUUGGAGAAGUUUGAAUCUGGGGUUAUUUUUUGUUUAAAUUCUUUUUGUUCUCAUUAAGUAAAUGAAGGGAUCAGUGAGUCACCCACCAAACAAAGACUUUUGUUCUGACAGUCGACUGUUUCUGAGUCAUGCCAUGUGCUACCACUAAGUAAAACAUAAGAUUUUUUAUUAUGGGAAAAAGUUCAGAUGUAAAAAUUAAAAUCUCUCAAAAUAUUCAGUUUGCACUGUUAAAGCGAUGACAAUGAGAAUCUUUAAGAAGAUUAAAGAUAACAUAUCAUUAUUGUUUAAUCGUGACUAUAAGUGAAACAAUCAUUCAAUCAAAAUAAUGAUGAUUAAUCAAUUUGAACUCUACAGUUUAUUCCAACAAGCCAAACCUGGAAAUACGCAGCCUGACAGAAAUCUCACAUCCAGUCACAAACAGUAAAGUGAAGUUUAGUAACCUUUGCUCCUGGGAGUACGACAACACGUGCCUUGAUCAUCCUGCCUUAAGGUUUGCAGUCACAUUUGCGACAGCCUGUCUCCAGCGGCCUCGGUUAGUCUCGGUCACAGUUUUACUUUCGUUGUUCGGCACAGGGAGCGAUCUGUGCUGUGAAUAGUAGAAGCAACGCCAGGAUGUUUCGUGGUGCUCGUCAUGUUCUGGGAAAGUCGGGUCGUAGGGUCGUAGGGCAUUUUGUUUACGUCGGAUGAGACGAUCUGUGUCGAGAAUCUACAUUUAUGUUCCUCAGCUUUCCUCGUAACGGAGGCUCGUUCCUCCCGCUGCACAGUUUUACAGCAAGCUUGUAGAUUUGUAUAUAAAUGAUUAAAUAUUAUGCUCUUCAUCACUCUGCACCGCAGUGAUUCCUCCUCAGUGGAGCAGCAGAUGAGGACGUAAAAUCACUCUAAGCAAUAAGGAUUGAUACCAAUCAAUAGUUCUGAUGUGUGUCUUUUGUUUACUGCUCAUUCAGUGGGCGCCUUCUGUUUUUAUUUGCCCCCAAAUCAGCUGGACAUUUGAUUUAUUUGUAUAUGUUUUCCCAUGUAAUGUACAUUAUACUGUAUAUACAUGAAGUUGGGUCAUUGUUAAGAAAAACACUCUUCGACUUUAUUUUUACAGAUUACUGGAGAAUGUGAACUUGAAGUUAAUUUUGUGUGUUUAAGUUGUUUUUAAUUUGUAAGAUGAACAAAAUUUAAU